GGUGCCUAUUGCGUCGCUGUCGACCUCGUGUCCAGUGACCUUGAGUCGAGCUCAGCUCCUCCUUUUCUGCGUGUACUCUUGCCUAAAGUAAGUGCCGACGACGCUGCUCUCCCAUCCAACUCUACCCGAUUACUUGGACAUUCCGGCUGUCUGAGUAGUUGGUAACCCCAACGGGCGUUCCCCUGCACGUCGCUCGUCACACUUGUGGCACCUGAUUCAAUGCUAUCAGCCAGCCAGUUGAAGGUAUACAAGAAAUGCAGAGGCCUACAUGCAUCUGGUAUGAAGUAUACCAGACACUACAACUGCUCUGCACUGUGCCGCUUCAGCAGCUACAUUGAUAUCACAUUCAGUCUCCAUUCAUCUGCAAUGUCAUCGUCAACCACAUGUCCAAAGGAGAUCCAUAGUCCUCUCUGAACUUGCCUUCACCACGUGUAGCACUGUAUCAUGUGAGUCAUGUGAUAUCUGAUUGAACUCCCUUUGUGUCUUUGUUCCAUUGCCCAAGCC